CAAGGCAGUACGUCAUCUCGAAAAUCUGAAGAUCCGAUGAGAUGGUUUUUAAGACUAACGGGGCAAGAAAAUUCAUCAGAAUCGAAACAGAAACCUACUUCCAUCGCAGGUGAAAUAGCCUUAUACAGUAGUAUGGCACAGAAAAAAAAUGCUAUUGCGUUAAAAUCGGAACCGCUAAGCUUCUGGUCGAAACACGGAGACGAAUUACCAUUACUUAAAGAAUUAGCAUCGAAAUACUUAACAACUCUUGGAACCAGUGUUCCCUCAGAAUCUGCGUUUUCGGUUGCCGGUUUUGUUGGAAGAAAAGAGAGCGCUCGUUUGACAGCAAAAAAUCUCUCAUAUUUAGUGUUUCUUAAAGAUAAGAUUUAA